GUUACACUAACGAUUGCAGCAGACGUUAACAUAAUGUAUAUUACUGUAUGAGCCUGAUGAAGAAGUAAUCGAAAACAAUUGUUUGCUCAAAGCUUCGUGUUUUGUUUAUCUUUCGAAACUUGACGUAACAAAUGGGCAUUCUACUUGAAUUGAAACACAGCAAAUGCGCCCAAACGCGCAAGGAACUUAAUCGGUAUAUUAAGUUCUGCGUGAGAUUUGCCGAAACCGAAGCAUCCAUUGAAUUUCACAGGCUUUGCAUCGAAACGCGAGAUUACCCAAAAUCCUUCUGGAAAGCGCUACGGAGACAGCACAUCCGACCCAGUGCAGCUACUUUGAAACGGCACGCCCUCAACCUGAUUGAAUCAGAUAAAACGAGACUAGAGGAAACUAAACGACUUGUUGCCCAAACAGAAGCCGCGCUGGAUAACCUCCGCGAUGAAGAACGUAUCCGUUUUCUUACUUAUGUGAGAGGCGUAACAUCUAAACAGGUAGACAAGAAACGAUGCAAAAUGCAGAAAAACUUAAGCGAAACAAAGGGUCAAACCAGGUUUCCAUCAGUUCCAGAACAAUACGUGCACAACCUUUCUAGUGUUCAUUUAGACAGACUGCAGCUGCAAGCACUUUCACUUGGUCUAAAAUUUAGCCAUCCGCAAAACAAAUACAAUCGUGUUGAAAUAGAAACACAGUUUGAACACCUAUUCAAGCAGACGAACGACUUGGUGGCCAACUCUGAUAUGGAACUUGAACAGUUCAAAUCAACUUUGGUCAACGUUUCUUUUCAAUACCAAAGACAACCAAUAGAACACCAUCGACUACUGACAAAAGCGCACCUUGAUGCUUUGAGAGAACUUCAGAAAAACGAAGAUCUCAUCAUAACCAAACCAGACAAAGGAUCUGGGACUGUGCUGAUGGAUCGUGCAGAUUACAUCAAGAAAAUGAAAAUGAUACUCUCGGACACUUCACGUUUCGUGAGAUGUGAACAACAGAAAGAUAAAACAGAAUGUGUAGAAAAUCAAUUGAUCAAGUGUUUGAAAUCACUAGUGAACGACGGCGCCAUCACCAAAGAAACGUACGACCGACUUCGUCCCAUAGGCACCAUUACUCCUCGCCUUUAUGGUCUCCCAAAAAUACAUAAACCUGACACACCAUUGAGACCCAUACUAGAUAUGAGGAAUUCACCGUACCACAACAUUGCGCAGUGGCUGACAAAAAUGCUGAAUCCCAUCAGACAAAUGAUUGCUCCUCACAGACUGGCAGAUACAUUCCAGUUCAUCAACGAAAUUAGAGAUAUGAAUGUCCAAGAACAUCGGAUGUUUUCCUUAGAUGUUGUUUCAUUGUUUACCAACGUGCCUCUGAUAGAAACAGUUAACUACCUGUGCUCAUACAUUGACCAGCAUGGUAUAAAUAUCGGUAUAGGAAGCAACCAACUGAAAGAACUGAUACUCAGAUGUACGUACAACGUUCAAUUUCAAUUCAAUAGUGAGUUUUAUAGACAGGUUGAUGGCGUUGCAAUGGGCUCCCCGCUUGGUCCAUUGUUAGCGGAUAUUUAUAUGGGAAUGCUAGAAAACGGUCCAUUAAAACAGGUCAUAUCCGGUCUGAAGUUCUAUCGGCGCUAUGUGGAUGAUAUAAUUUGUAUAAGUGAUUGGACCACCAAACCCCAAGAUAUAAUCGACUGUUUCAACAAUGCGCACCCCAAUGCCGCAUUUACAGCUGAAGAAGAAAACAACAACCAAAUGAAUUUUUUGGACGCAAGUCUUAUCAGAAGAACCGAUGGAUCAAUCCAAAGAAAAGUAUACAGGAAGCCAUAUUGGACUGGACAAUACAUGAACUUUCAUAGUUUCGCCCCACUCAGCCAAAAAAGAACGCUGGUACGAACGCUAACCGAUCGGGCAUAUAAAAUCUGCAGCGAAGAUACCAUAAAAGCCGAACUCGCACGAAUCAAAGAGGCGCUUCUCGAAAAUGGAUAUCCGGAGCGAUUUAUCGAGACCCAUAUGAAGCGAUGCAUACCAAAAGUAUCAAAACAAACCGUUGAAAAGAAACAGCUUUACUUGACACUUCCAUUCAAAGGAAAUAGUGCGGCUGAAACAUGCACACGCCGACUACAGCAAAGCUGCAAAAAGACCUUUAAUGCGGCUCAACUGAAUGUGAUUUUCACGAGCAAACCUUUACUAGUUCCGAGAUUCAAAGACCGAGUGCCUGAUCAUCUCCAAUCGAUGUUAAUCUACCGGUUCACCUGCCCGUGCGGGGCUAGGUACGUUGGACGGACGACCAGGCAUCUAGGUAAGAGAAUUAAGGAACACCUGCCAGGUUGGCUCUACACGCGCGAGAAUAGAACAAACUACAGUGCGAUUACAAACCAUCUAAUAAACACAGGUCACCAGAUAGACAAACGAACAGCCUUUCAAAUUCUCUACAAAAUACCAUCAAGACAAAAUCAUCGUCUAAGAGCAAGCAUACUCGCCACCGCUGAGGCAAUAUGCAUACGUCUAACAAAUCCGAACUUGUGUGUUCAGAAGAAACUAAUACAAACACUACAACUUCCCUGGCCGACCACCAGCCGUGAAGGAAGUAAUGGUACUCCGCAAAUUCACCUGACCUCAGUCACGUGAUCAGAUGAAGGCCAUCACGAUCACAAGUUAAAUUGUCUAAUCAAUUGUUUCUUUGUUACACUAACGAUUGCAGCAGACGUUAACAUAAUGUAUAUUACUGUAUGAGCCUGAUGAAGAAGUAAUCGAAAACAAUUGUUUGCUCAAAGCUUCGUGUUUUGUUUAUCUUUCGAAACUUGACGUAACAAAUGGGCAUUCUACUUGAAU